UUUUCUUUAAUGAUUUCCACACAUAGCAGAUAAAAUUUUCCAGCAGAAUGAAGAUGUAAUGUGAAACUGGAGCAUAUUUGGGACUACUCUGGGUUCACUAUUUAUCUUACUUAAUAUGACUGACUGGCUGGAAUCACAUAUCAUUCUAACCAAAAACCAGACAGGCCACAUUAUGGUUUAUCCAGUGUGCAAAACUGUUGUUCCUUUUGUAGCACCUGUCCAUUUUUUCCUAAUUCCACAACCGGUCAUUGUCUCAGUGCUUAUAUGAAAAGUGAAUUCUUACUCUGCUGCUUGAUCUUUUUCUAGGUAUAUGUUCCAGGGCGGCACCAACUUUGGUUAUUGGAGUGGUGCUGAUUAUAAGAACAAGUAUUAUCCUAUCACUACUAGCUAUGACUAUGAUGCACCUCUCUCAGAAGCUGGAGAUCCUACAGAAAAGCUAUAUGAGAUUCGAACCAUCAUUGACAAGUUUCAACGUGUGCCUGCAGGACCAAUGCCACCUCCCACUCCCAAAUUUUCAUAUGGCUAUGUAUCUUUACCACUGUGUGUGGCCUUCUUGGAUAUUCUAAGUCUUCUCUCCCCUGGCCUACCAUUUCACUCUCCCUUCCCCCUCACUUUUGAGGCUCUGAUGCAGACCCAUGGCUUUAUGUUGUACCGUACUGUUUUUCCAGAUGACAUCCCACAGCCUGUUUUGCUCUCCAUCCUUGAAAAUGGGAUCCAUGACCUUGCCUAUGUUUUACUUAAUGGAGAAUUUAAAGGGACAUUGAUACGAGACAGAGUGAAUGCCAUCAAUAUAACUGGUCGACUAGGAGAUUCAUUGGAUUUGCUGGUGGAGAGCAUGGGUCAUAUCAACUUUGGAGCAAAUAACAGUGACUUUAAGGGCCUGACCCACAAUCUUACUUUGGGUUCUACCAUUCUAAGUGACUGGCUCAUCUAUCCACUUGAUAUUGACUCAGCUGUGGCCCAAAAAUGGCCUCCAUAUGUCCCACGAAGCAAAAGCACCAGAGGACCUGCUUUCUAUACUGGGGUCUUCAAAACACCUGGUAUCAACUAUGACACCUAUGUGAAGUUUCCAGGCUGGAACAAGGGCCAGAUCUGGAUCAACGGUUUUAACCUGGGCCGUUUCUGGCCAGUUCGUGGCCCCCAGCAAACUCUCUUUGUGCCUGGCUUUCUCCUCAGUACCUCAGUACUCAACACUAUUGUAGUGCUGGAACUGCAGAAUGCACCAUCAAACCCAAAGGUACUUUUUCUUGACCGUCCCGUUCUCAACAGCACUUCUAGUUUCUCCCUAAAAGACAUGAAAAAACUGGAAGUACUAUCCAAUUAUGACAUUGCUGAAACCCAUGGCAAAAGAAAUGUAGUUGAAAUCACUGUCUUGUAAGAAUCAAACGAAUAAAGAAUCGGACUGUAGCUUAAGCUCUAAUGAACAAA